AUGGUCGAGGAAGGUUUGCUUCAAGCUAUCAAAGGAGUUGAUAGUGCGGGGGUUCAGCCGAUAGAACCAGUUCAGAGCAGCGCCACUAAGGGUAGAAGGGAAAAGGAGGCACAUGCCUUUGUCGCUAAGGCCCUUGCAUCCGAGGGCGGAUUGAAAAGAGUGGAUAUGGGUGAUGGGAUCCUCCUUGCCCGUGUAGAAGGCAAUGCGGAGCGGCUGAACGUUCUCUUGACGAUAGUUGAGAAUACGUUCAGUGAAGGGGUCAGGGCAUGGUUUCGUCCAGAGGGGCUGAUGGCUACGAAGUUGCUCACUCUUAAGACGUCGGACCUUCUCAAAGAGAAGCCUUAUGACUGGGUCGGCAUGAGGGAGAACACCGGGUGCUGA